AUAAAUUAAAUACAUAUAUUAAUAGAUUAGUGCAAUGAAAUUCGUACAGUUGAGUGUUGCUUUACUGCUGCUAUCUAUGGCAUGGGCUGAAGAGGCCGAAGAGCGUCAGGAGGAACUGCAUUUCGGCUUUCAGACAGAGAAUGGCUAUCAUCGGUCGGAGGAUAUUACCUACAAAGUCAAAGUGAAUCCGGAUCAGCAGUUAACUGAACAGCCGGAGAGCGAGCCGACUCCCAAAUCUGUGGAGUAUCGCGGUGGCUACAGCUUUAUAUCGGCCGAUGGCUAUGAGUAUCAGGUGUUGUAUAAAGCGAACAAAAAUGGAUUUCAGCCCUAUGUGACAGCGCACAAGGUGAAAUCGGCGAAGGAUAAAGCUUAAAGAUCUAAUAUGUGUAUAUACAAAAGUGUGAUCUACAA